CCCUGCUUCUUUGAAUCAUAAAUACUCAGCCCCCACCCCUCCUCUCCCUCUCUCUCCUCUCCCUCUCAGACGCCCCGGAAAAUCUCUGUUUUGCAGAUCCUUUCUCUUCUUCCCCUCAAAUCUCCUCCUCCCUGAGGGGCCUCCUGUGGCUGCAGCUCAAGGCUUGGUUGUUGGUGAUAUCACCCAACAGAAGAAGCAAAGAUGAUGAGCAGGUGCGGUUACGAGCAGAGCGCCACGGCAGGCUGCGAGGGGAUGGAUUCAGUUGUGUGCCCAAAACCACGUCGUUUCAGCCUUCUGAAUCCUUCCUUCAACGACAACAUCAGACCCUUCAGAUACUUCAAUCACAACCAAUCGGAGAUUCGAGAUUCUGAAGCUGGGUCUGAGAUUCUGGAUAUUAUUCUCGCCAAGGGGAAUUGUGAAGAUAGAUUCGGUAAUAAGCAAUCGGCUUCAUCGCCUCCUUUUUUCUGCGGGUCGCCGCCGAGCAGGGCAUCCAACCCUGUAAUCCAAGAUGAGCAUUUCGGUAAUAGCGGCAAUAUGGCUCCAUUUUUGCCGGCACAGCCUAUGUUGUCAUCGCGCAACGGUGGCUGUGUCCGGAUGAAGUCUGGGGACAGGCCAGUUGCAGUGCGGAUCGAAGGGUUUGAUUGUCUUAGCAGGGACCGCAGGAACUGCAGCAUCUCUGCUGUAGCUUAGACACAGAGUUAGGGUGUGGAACAGAGCCCUCUCUGUUUUGGAAGAAGCAGAGUUUUGUGAGAAAAGUAGAGGGCUUUGUGCUUUGGGAAAAAUAUCAAGAGGAGGAGGAAGAAGAUUAAUGUUUUUUGGGGGGUCUUUGAGAUGGAGAGUGUAAUUUUUGUAUAUACAAGUCAAGUGAGUUGAUCUUAAUAUGUUUAAUUUAUGGUGAGUCUUUUUGUGUAAACUCAAAAGAUGUAUAUGUAAAUUAAGAGGAAUAAAAGGGAAGAGGAGAGAGAGUGGGAGGCGUAAAGUCUAUCUCUCUCUCUCUCUCUAUAUGUGGAUAGAAGUUUGUUUUGGUUUCCUUCAUAGAAGUGGCCAUCUCUAUUAGGAGAUGGUUUUAUGACAUUGGGGGAGGAGGUUUCAUGGGACAAGUAUGUAAUCUUCUACUAAAGACUUUGUUUGGAUUCUCAUAAUCCCUUUGUAAUUGUAUUUUGGAGGAAAUGAGGAUUGGAUCUAUUUGCAAUU